GUGUGGCUCUUCCGAUCUAAAUAAUUAAGCAAAGAAAGAUGAAGUCUGUUUCCAUAUUCCUUGUAUUAUUCGUUUUCUUCCUAGUCGUUCUUGGGUCGCCGGAGAAGAUAGAAGCCGGCAAAAAGUUCAAAUGCCUGGAGGAGUACGGCGGAAAAGUGGGCACGUUAUGUAGCCCUAAGUUCUUUCCAACGUUGUGCCGUCAGAACUGCCGGUUUGUCAAAGGCGCAAAAAACGGUUUAUGCGUGAAGAAACACAAACAUAUCAAAUGUUUCUGCGACUAUUGCAAAGACGAAUAGAUUUACAAGAACGUAUCAAGCUCUGGUUUCCAGCUUCAUUGCAUCAAAUAAGAUACCCUUUUCCCCUAAGCGUUUCCUACUUCCAUAUGAAUUAAUAAACGUAUGUGAUCCAUGUAAUAAUGUCUCAACAUUAUCAUAAACUGUUGACUACUAUAAUUUCGUUUAUCCUUUCAUAUACAUUUGGAUUAUAAAUUUAUAGCGAUCCAUUUGUUAAAGUAAA